ACCUCACUUUCAACUUUCAGAUUUCAAUCUACUGCCUCAAGUCGCACAGCAACUCAAUUGACCUCAAGAACACCAAAAAGGAAGGUUAAGGGACAAAGAAAGCAAGAUGGCAUCACUCAAGGUCGGAGAUAGCUUGCCCAGCGACGUCGUCUUCAGCUACAUCCCGUACACGGAGGAGAGCUCUGAGAUCACGGCGUGCGGUAUCCCAAUUAAUUAUGAUGCUAGCAAAGAAUGGGCCAAGAAGAAAGUUGUCCUCUUCGCCGUCCCAGGAGCUUUCACUCCCAGCUGCAGCGUCAGGCACCUCCCAGGCUACAUCGAGAAUCUAUCAGCCAUCAAGGCCAAGGGCGUCGAUGUCGUGGCUGUGAUUGCGUACAACGAUGCGUUUGUUAUGAGUGCGUGGAGCAAGGCGAACGGUAUCAAGAACGACGACAUCCUCUUCCUCAGCGACGCCGGCACCGCCUUCUCGAAGAAAUUAGGCGACUGGACUCUCGGUGAGCGCACGGCGAGAUAUGCGUUGGUGAUUGAUAAUGGGAAGAUUGUUUAUGCGGAGAAGGAACCUGGACGCGAGGUCACAGUUAGCAGCGCGGAGGCUGUUUUGGCUAAGCUGUAGGGUGCCUCCGUCCAUUACAGGGAGUGAUAGGUGGGUGGGGAAAUUGCAGAUGAAAUCAAUGAAUGAUGUGCGACCAGCGAUGGUUUGCAAUAAAACGAAGAAACGAUGCUAGAGAGGAAUACGAAGAAGAUCUCUACUCGUUAAUUUUUGCUUCAUGUCACUCACGUUUUUGCCCUGUGGAAUUGUUUCAGGCAGGUUGCCUUCAUUGUUG